AUGUCCACGAUUGUCCAGGAGAGCUCAGCCAGAGCAGCGGAGCCCCUCUUCCGCUUCGGCCUCAUCGCGGACGUGCAGUAUGCGGACCGGGAGGAUGGGCACAACUUCUCGCGCACGGUCGAGCGCCGGUACCGGCAGUCCCGCAAGAUCUGGGAGGCCGCGUGCAGGUGGUGGACCGAGGAGGGCGUGGACUUCGUCGCGCAGCUCGGCGACUUCAUCGACGGAGUCAACCGGGAGGCGCCGCGGGCCGAGGCCGAGCGCGCCCUGGCCGCGCUGCUGCGCCCGCUGGAGGGCGGGCCGCCCGCCGUGCACCUGCUGGGGAACCACGAGCUCUACAACUUCUCGCGCGAGGAGCUCGAGGCCGGGAUCUCGCUGCCCGGCGUAUCCACCCCAUUCAGUGUCGUCGCGCCCCGCGCGCUGCAGAGCAGGUCGCGCAGCCCCCACCACAGGCGCGCGUUCUUCGACCUCAGCCCCUGCCCUGGCUGGCGGGUCCUCGUGCUGGACCCGUACGACAUCAGCGUGGUCUCGCGGGGCGGCGGCCGGCCAGGCGUCGAGGUGGGCCCCGAAGGCCUGGACGCGGCCGCCGUGGCGAUGUGCCAGGCGCGGAACCCGAACGACAUCCUCGCGGGGGACUUCGCCCGGGGGCUGCCGGAGGGCCCCCCGAGCCGGUGGCUGCCCUUCAACGGGGCGCUGGGGGCCGAGCAGCUGCGGUGGCUGCGGGAGUCCCUGCGGCAGUCGCACGAGGACGGCGAGCAGGUGGUGGUGCUGAGCCACGUAGUGCUGCACCCUGCCGCCACCUCCGACUCCAACUGCGUCGCGCUGCUCUGGAACUACGAGGAGGCGCUCAGCCUGUUGCGGGAGUACCCGCCCGUGGCUGUGCUGUGCGGACACGCCCACCGGGGAGCGCACACCGUCGACGAGGCCUCCGGCACCCACCACCUGACGUUGGCGUCGCCGCUGGAGGUGGCCGAGGGGGGCGACGCCAGCGCCAUCGCCGAGGCCAUGCCCGACGGAUCUCUGAGGAUCCGGGGCCGCGGCUCCGUCCGGAGCACCGUGCUGCGCCUGGACGGGUGCGCGCUCGCCGCUGCCGCGUGAGCCGGCGGCGGCGCAGAGGGCGGUUUGCUCGUGGGGCGAGGCAUGUCCACUCGCCACGAGGGGGGCGCUCUUCAAAGAAGGAGGUUCGACCUCUUGUAUGUUGACGCUGUGUAUUUUUUUCGUUGCGCCCGUCGCGCCCUUCUGGGGCCUCCCACGGCGUCCUCGUGGACACCGCUGGACGCUGCGUGAAGAACUUGCCAGGCUGGGCCUCGGGAGGGGUCACGGGGACUUGUUCUCGGCGGAUCCUGGGCGGGGGCGCGGGGGGCGGAC